UGAUCUUUUCAAUUAUCGCUAUUUGAAGAUCAAUAGUCAUUUUUUCCUACUAUGCUUAGAAGACGCGCAGCGGUGGUUUAAUAUGUGUUAGGACCAUUUGCUUUAAAGGAACACAUCCACAAGUUUCGGUAGGUUUUUUUUUUUUUUUUUUUAAGUUAGUCAUGAAAAAUGUUAUACAGUAAAUUGUUCUGAAUUCUUUUUACAUAUGGGUGUUUUUAGCGGUCUAUAUUGGUUUUUAUAUCCCCCACCUCCAAAAAAAAAAAUUCAGCAAGAUAAUUAAGCUCUGGAUGUUGUCAAGAAUUUUGAGAGUACUUUCAGUUGGCAGAAAACUUCGGAGUGAAGUGGUCCUCCAAGUUUAUCUAAAUUCAGCGAGUUUCCUUCCUUGCCUCCUCUGAAUGGCAUCAGAUAGCUAUUAAAGCGUAAUUUCACUGGAGAACUGCAAAGCAUUACUUUCACCAACUUAGGUGAACUUCUUUGGACUAUUGAAAUUGCCUUUAUGUUUGCUAAGUCGGCAAACAAAAUAUCAGGCUUUGUUCUUUUGAUUGAAUGCCGGGAUUUGGGGGAAAAAAAGAAGAGUAAGAAAGCCCUGCCUUUUUUUUUUUUUUUUUUAAACGCCCCCUCCCUUUUUUGGGGGGUGGGUUGUUGUGGAAUCGGGGGCGAUCCCGGUUAUUGUGCUCUUCCCUAUCAAGCGAGAUAAUUCUGUGAAUGGAACUGUGCGUGAGCAUCUUGUCUGGCAGCGCUGCUGGUGUGUGCUGCUCCCCUGUGCCGCGGGUGCGCAGCGGCGGCGCGGGCUGCAGGGCGGGUGCUGCCCUCCAGUGGAGCCCGUGGCCGGCGCGGGCCCUGGGCGGCUUCGGGGCGCAGGCAGCAUGCCCGCAAGCCGGCGGCGGGAAGGACAGCGCCGCAACCCACUCUAGAUGUCGAACAAAGUGCCGGUGGUGCAGCACCCUCACCAUGUCCACCCCCUCACGCCUCUUAUCACGUACAGCAAUGAACACUUCACGCCGGGAAACCCACCUCCACACUUACCAGCUGACGUAGACCCCAAAACAGGAAUCCCACGGCCUCCGCACCCUCCAGAUAUAUCCCCGUAUUACCCGCUAUCACCUGGCACCGUAGGACAAAUCCCCCAUCCGCUAGGAUGGUUAGUACCACAGCAAGGUCAACCAGUGUACCCAAUUACGACAGGAGGAUUCAGACACCCCUACCCCACAGCUCUGACCGUCAAUGCUUCCAUGUCCAGGUUCCCUCCCCAUAUGGUCCCACCACAUCAUACGCUACACACGACGGGCAUUCCGCAUCCGGCCAUAGUCACGCCAACAGUCAAACAGGAAUCGUCCCAGAGUGACGUCGGCUCACUCCAUAGCUCAAAGCAUCAGGACUCCAAAAAGGAAGAAGAAAAGAAGAAGCCCCACAUAAAGAAACCUCUUAAUGCAUUCAUGUUGUAUAUGAAGGAAAUGAGAGCAAAGGUCGUAGCCGAGUGCACGUUGAAAGAAAGCGCGGCCAUCAACCAGAUCCUUGGGCGGAGGUGGCAUGCACUGUCCAGAGAAGAACAAGCGAAAUACUACGAGCUGGCCAGGAAGGAGCGACAGCUUCAUAUGCAACUGUACCCCGGCUGGUCUGCGCGGGAUAACUAUGGGAAGAAGAAGAAGAGGAAAAGGGACAAGCAGCCGGGAGAGACCAAUGAACACAGCGAAUGUUUCCUAAAUCCUUGCCUUUCACUUCCUCCGAUUACAGACCUGAGCGCUCCUAAGAAAUGCCGAGCGCGCUUUGGCCUUGAUCAACAGAAUAACUGGUGCGGCCCUUGCAGGAGAAAAAAAAAGUGCGUUCGCUACAUACAAGGUGAAGGCAGCUGCCUCAGCCCACCCUCUUCAGAUGGAAGCUUACUAGAUUCGCCUCCCCCCUCCCCCAACCUGCUAGGCUCCCCUCCCCGAGACGCCAAGUCACAGACUGAGCAGACCCAGCCUCUGUCGCUGUCCCUGAAGCCUGACCCCCUGGCCCACCUGUCCAUGAUGCCUCCGCCACCCGCCCUCCUGCUCGCUGAGGCCACCCACAAGGCCUCUGCCCUCUGUCCCAACGGGGCCCUGGACCUGCCCCCCGCCGCUCUGCCGCCUGCCGCCCCCUCAUCAAUUGCACAGCCGUCGACUUCUUCCUUACAUUCCCACAGCUCCCUGGCCGGGACACAGCCCCAGCCGCUGUCGCUUGUCACCAAGUCUUUAGAAUAGCUUUAGCGUGAGCCUCGGUUGCUUUGUUGAUGGUUUUGUUUCGCUUUUCUUUAUUUGCCCCCCCAACCCCCACCUUGAAAGGUUUUGUUUUGUACUCUAUUAAUUUUGUGCCACGUGGCUACAUUAGUUGAUGUUUAUCGAGUUCAUUGGUCAAUAUUUGACCCAUUCUUAUUUCAAUUUCUCCUUUUAAAUAUGUAGAUGAGAGAAGAACCUCAUGAUUCUACCAAAAUUUUUAUCAACAGCUGUUUAAAGUCUUUGUAGCGUUUAAAAAAUAUAUAUAUAUACAUAACUGUUAUGUAGUUCGGAUAGCUUAGUUUUAAAAGACUGAUUAAAAAACAAAAAGAAAAAAAAAGCAAUUUUGAAGCAGCCCUCCAGAAGGAGUUGGUUCUGUAUUAUUUGUAUUAAAUACGAGCUUGCGAACCAAUCAUUUUACAUCUGGUUUUUAAACUGUAAGGGCACCAUGAAUGCAGUGCCGUUACUUUCCUUUUAUUUUUCUUCUGUGUGAAACAACUUUUAUUGUGAUGUUACUUGUUAUUGUUUAAAUGUACAGAAACAAAGGGUUAAAAUGUGUUAAUAUACCUUGUUCCAUGGUGUUGUUCUUUUGGGGGGAGGGGAUGCUACUCAACACUUAAUAGAAUCACAAUGCUGUUGGGCCAGUAGUAUUUAUUGCUUUAGAGAUUGCUUGUCGUACCUGUAUGUUGUCCCUUUUUAAAUAUGUUUUCCUUUUUCUUGAAACUGUAUAAAGUUUUUUUCCCCCUUAGCAUAAGCAUCUUAUAUAUAACAACUCAUUUGUACAAGGUUUUUAAGUUUAUAUAUAUAUAUAAUGUGUAUAUAUAUUUUUGUUUCCCUUUUUGACUUUUUUUCCUUUUUUUUUUUUUUUUUUUUUUUGCCGUAUGAAACCCAGAUGUCACCAAAUGGACAUUAAUAGUUGCAUUAAGGAUCAGUAGCAUUAACAAAAGUUGCUUUAAAAGCCAUUACAUAAAACAAGACUUGAAAAUGACUGAGGGAAUUUUAGCGACACUGUCUGAGCAGCAGUGGGAACGUCUGCGUUUCCCCUUUCAACUCCCAGUGGGAUGCCCCGCCCUGCGCCCUUAGGACCUGGACUGACCGUGUGCAAAACUUUAUGUGCCAAAAUUCUCAGUGAAUUUAGCUUUCUCCCUCUUUUUGAUGCUGUAAUUUUUGUUCAUCAUGUUUUGCUGUGAUGUUACAUAGGUAGGUUUGUAUGUAGUUUUAAUGUCACCUAUAACAAAAUGUGUUUGGUAGCAGAUUGUCCAGAAAGCAUUUUAAAUGAAGAGGUAUAAACCCUUAAGGGCCAAAAUUCUGUAUAUUAGAUUACUCUUAAAUGAAAAACCAGCUGCCGCUUUUAUGUACGCAUAUUACAUAUGAGUAGGCAGCAACCUUUAAAAAUAAAACCUAGGCAUGUUGAUGUUGCAAAAUGCUGUAUAAAGCUGAAACCUGUUCAUUCAGUGCCAUUGUAGUUGACAUGAAGCGAUUGUAAAACUGUCUCCGAUUUUUCUCUGGUUUAUUAAAAUGCUAACUAUAACAUUUUUUGUGAAUACUUUGAAUGUUUCCUAACAGUUGUGAUGUUACUGUUCCGUUUUAUGCUCUUAUUCCAAGUUCAUUUUUAAUGGUUUGGAAGCCAUUUUUGUAAUGAAUAAAUGUUCAUGCUGUACAGUAUCUGUAGCAUGCCGUUCUGGAUUAAUAAAAGCAACUUAGUAUGUGCAGAUAAA